AUGAUGGAGCUUUUUCCUGAAGAGUUAACAAACGCUUUUGAAUUUAAGGAUCACCUCAAUUUUGGAGGUUAUGGAACUAUCUACAGAGCCAUAAAGAGAAACGAUGGGAAAAUGUACGCAAUAAAGGCUGUAACGAGAAAUAGCACAGGGUCAACCUGGAAGGAUAUUGGAGCUGAGUUGCAAGUACUCUCAUGGGUCAAUCCAUAUAAGCUUCGCUUAGACUCCUUUUUUGUUAAAAACGAUACUUUCUUCAUGGUCAUAGAUUAUUGUCAAAAUGGUGACCUUCUUAAAGCCAUAGUUGAUAAGAUUCAUGCCCAUGAAAUGUUUGAAGAAGACGAAAUCUGGAAAUAUUUUAUCCAGAUCUGCUUUGGGCUCGAGUCUUUGCACUACAACGGAUUUAUUCAUCGAGAUCUUCAUCCACAAAAUAUUCUCUUACUCCCCCCUCCGUGAGUGAGCAAAACCAUUGGAAAAAUCGCUAUUUUUUGCCUCGUGAGUGAACAAAAAUUUCUUAAUAGAAAAAUUUUUUAUGAAAAAAAAAUAUAUAAGUGAUAAUUAGUAUAAUGAAAUCUCAAGCUAAUUCUAUUUAAUUUUAAAUAAAUUGCGUUUUAAAACAUCAAUUUUAUAAAUUAAACUAAUAUUUGCUUUCCAAUUUUUGCAAAUUAGGAUUUUUUUAAAAAUUUCGAAAAAAAAUUUACCCCCUUUCCGUGAAUGAACGCAAUUUUUUUUGUUCACUCACGGAGAGGGGGGAAUUAGAUCAAAAUAAAGACAUUAAAAUAGCUGAUUUUGGCACUUCUCGCUCUUUACUGACAAAAACAAUUCAGGGUGUUGCCAGUUACCAGUCUCCUAGGACUCAUAGUGGAGAUCUCCAGGUUAAAGAAAGUGAUGUUUGGGCAGUCGGCUGCAUUUUGUAUUAUCUCUGCAACCUUGAGCAUCCUUUUGGCGAUAAUGUGAAUAAAAUAAAAAAUGCGCCUUAUAAGCCGAUAAGAAGCGAAUACUCUAAUGAACUGAGAGAUUUCGUUGAUUGGUGCCUAAAAAAAAGGCGAACAGAGAGGCCAACAAUAGUUAAUAUCUUAACUAAUGAGUUUAUAGUCAACAAAACUCUAAGCUUAGGCAUUACAAUUCCACAAACAUCUGCUAUGAAUGCAGCUAUUUGCCAAAUUCAACUUGAGAAAGAAAGGGAAAGAAAUGAGCAGCUUAAAAAGGAGCUAAUUAUAUUUGGAAAAAAGAAUAAGGUAAAAAUAAUGGAAAUUAAGUCGCUUAAAGAAGAAAUAGCUCGCUUAAACAGCAUAAUAAAUGAGAAUAAAAAGAGGAAUGAAGACCUGCUUUAUUCUCAAGAUCUUAUCAAAAAUAAUGAAGUUAUAGACCCUCAAAAGAUCCUUCAAGAACUAAGAGAGAAGAGAGCUGAAAUUUUAAAUAGACCAAAUGACCGAGAGUUAGAGCAAGACUUUAGGAGAGCCUGCUCAAAGUGCAUUAGCGAUGUCUGUGCUGAUGAUCCAGCCCUUCAGCAAGCUUACCAAGAUUAUAUUAAUGCUUAUCGCCAAAAAACAUCUCUUUAUACAAUUAACGAUGAUGACAACAGAAGUAAAUUGAUUAUUUAUGAUACAGAAAAUGAUAGGAGGGAAGAUAGGAUAAUAGAGACCCCUGAACCACUGGAUAAUACAACUUGUAUUGCUCAGCUUCCUAAUGGUAAUUUAUUUUGCUAUGGUAAAUACCCUAGCUCUGGAGUUUCAUUGAUAAUUGAUGAGGAUUAUAGAGUUCGGGAGCUGCCAUCUGGAAAACCUUGCAGUCGUUCAUCAGCUAUCUAUUUUAAUAAUAGUGUUUAUUGCUUUGGAGGAAAUAAUCGAUGAAGUUUAACUCUAUCAGAGAGAUUUGAUUUAAAUGAAAACCGAUGAAUUGGAUUAAUGCCACUGCCGCAAGCUGAUGAUAGUUGCAAUAGUGCAAUAUUUAACGGGAAUAUUGUAAUUUCUGGAUGGAAAUAUAAAAAGCUUUUGAGGUAUUCAAUUGUUAGCAACACUUUCGCAACAAUUCCUUAUGAUUUUCAAGAUAAAACAUCCAAGAUUCUUAUAAGUACAAGGAGACUGUAUUUAAUUGAAUGUGGUGAUAAUGGAUCAAUCUAUGAAAGUGAAUUGUCAAAUGAUAAUGCCUGGAGACGAAUUGGAGACUCAAUAGUAGAUGGUUUUGUUCAAGUUUAUUUAUCAUAUAAUAAAGAAAGAAUAAACAUUGCACACUUUUCGGGUGGUGAUAGUUACUUCAAGUUUAAUUUAGAGGCAAAAAUAUUAAACAAGCUGCAUUAA